AUGGCUCUUUCAAGAUUGGAAACUUUACUUCCAUUGCAUUGGGCAAUUUUCUCAACCGGAUCGAAGGCAAAUUAUGACAUGAAGCAUAUCGGUACCGAUGGGGUGGGAUUAGAAGUCUUUGGAGGCACAGGGGUGGCACAUAUGGAAAAGAACUGGGGCGCAUCAUUUCCAACUGGCUGGACAUGGUGUCAAGCAUUUGGCGCAUCCUCGCAUGAUCCCGUGCAGACAUUUGGUGACCAUCGAGACAAUGCAACAAGAGAUUGUGUUGCCAUUGUGGGUGGUGUCCUCGCUUUGGGUCAAAAGGCAUAUCUCAUCCAUUACAAGGAUUCAGGCGACGCCUGGCACCGUCGUCAUGAGCGUUCGACACAUCCUUAUUCAGCGAAGGAUCAUGAAAGUACUGAAAAUUCUGAUCCUAAUGACAAGCAGCAUAUCAACUGGACCUUCCGCCCAUUAUGGACUCUGAUUCUAGCACUCCCGUAUCCUGCUGGUAUCCCAUGA